CUGGGGGAGGGGGGGAUGAGGAUGAGGAUGGAGGGCGGGGAGGAGAUGCAGGAUACCGUGGGGCUAUGCUGCACCUGGGACAUCCCACCACCCGCUGGCACCCAGGCUAAGUGGGUGAGGCUUAAUGUGGGGGGCACCGUCUUCCUCACCACCAGGCAGACCCUGUGUCGGGAGCAGAAAUCUUUCCUGUGUCGCUUGUGCCAGGGCGAGGAGCUGCAGUCGGACCGGGAUGAGACUGGUGCAUACCUAAUAGACCGGGACCCCACUUACUUUGGACCCAUCCUGAACUUCCUUCGUCAUGGGAAGCUGGUCCUGGAUAAAGAUAUGGCUGAAGAGGGGGUCCUAGAAGAAGCUGAGUUCUAUAACAUUGGUCCUUUAAUCCGAAUAAUCAAGGAUCGACUGGAGGAGAAGGACUACACAGUAACUCAGGUGCCUCCUAAGCAUGUCUACCGUGUGCUACAGUGCCAGGAAGAGGAGCUCACUCAGAUGGUUUCCACUAUGUCGGAUGGAUGGUGCUUUGAGCAGCUUGUCAACAUUGGCUCAUCCUAUAACUAUGGGAAUGAGGAUCAGACAGAGUUCCUGUGUGUGGUCUCCAAAGAGUUGUACAACUCCCCCAGUGGCCUGAGCUCUGAGCCCAGCCACAAAGCCAAGGGCUCAGAGCAGUCCCUGCCUGGGGCCCUGUCUCUCUCUGCUCCUCACUUUUCCUCCUCUGCAGCUGUUACAAGCCAGAGGUCUGAGGAUGUGAUCUCGACACUCCACUCCAGCCUUUUAAUUUCUGGUUUAUAUCUUUAUUUACGUACUGCAGUGUAUGCCCCAUGCCCUACAGUGACACUCCCCAGCCCCCUUCACUCUUCAUAUGCAGCCAUCCUUUUUUACAAAUUCACCUCGGAGGCUUGAGCCUCAGCCCUGGAGGAGGGCAGAUGCUCCAAGGAGCCCCUGGGCUGCUGUAGGGGCUAGAGCCCGCGGCCCCCCCGCCAUGCCUAGCAAGCUGGCUUUCCUUAAUGUCACAGUGGCCCCUGCUGGGGACAUCAGUGAUCAGCCACUGUGGUCCCUGAACACCCUGGAUGCGACUGGGUCCCCGAGGUGGUGGCAGCUGCUGUAGGACCAGUCCUGGCUCUUUCGCUCUUGCAGGUAGCUGGUCUGGGCUUGUGGCCAGAGGGAAAAUACAGAGCCACUGCCCUUUUCUGGGACACCUGCACUGCUCGCGGGAUGUCCUUGUGCUGGGUGUCAUGUUCCUUGGUGUCUCCUUCCCUGUCAGCCAGAGCAGCCCUGUGUGGGCAGGGUGAGGAGGAGACAGGCAUGCUACCCGGGUACCGGGAACAUGCUGGCACCUGAUGUCAUGUCUGCAAGCAUGAGGCGAUCCCAGCCUCGGGGAGCAGGGUGUUUGCUUCACUGCUCUGUCUGAGGACACCAGGUUGUAACUCCUGAAUAAAAUUCACAGUCUGU